AUGCCAAAAUCGGAUCUCCCGCAAUGGGGCAGGGUGCUCGUGGCCGGCGGUAUCGACUGGCCAACUUUGGGUCGCAAAGCCACGAAAGCGGGUCCACCUCUCACUGUCAAUCCCGAUCAUCCGGACCUCCCGGCUCCCCACAUCUUGCGGUCCGUUUCCAAUGUUCGCAUGAAGCGCAUCUUUUCCUCCCAUUCUUCCUGUCACGCCGUGCUCCUCUCGGUCGACGGCGAUGCAUACAUCAUCGGGCGCAACGAGCAGGGUCAGUGCGGUCUGCCCAUCCGCCAAAUACCAGCCUCCUCCAAACCUUGCGGUCCCGCCGUGUGGGACGCAUACCUCCUCGACCCCGCCACCGAUUUCUCGCCCGCUCUGCCCGCCGGCGCCAACGGCCAAAUCGUCUAUGCGGCGUGUGGUCGCUCCCACACGCUUUUGCUAACUGCGUCCGGCUCCGUCUACUCGGCCGGUCUCAACAUCUCGGGUCAGUGCGGCCAUCCCGAAUCCCAAUCAGUGCCCAUCUUCACACGCAUCGAGACAGCACCCUUCAUCAAGGAACGCGAUCCCGUCAUCGCCGCCUCGUGCGGUCUCACCUUCUCCAUGCUCCUCACCCAGUCCGGCAAGGUCUACACCAUGGGUAGCUCCGAAAAAGGCCAGCUCGGCAAUGGCCGCACGGGCGAGCAUUUCACCUCCAGCAACCGACUCGCCUUCAACACGUUUUCGGAACCGUUCCUCGUCAAGCAGCUCGCCGACAAGAAGAUCGUCCAGAUCGCGUGUGGACAGCAGCAUACCAUUGCGCUCGAUGACCAAGGUUUCGUCUACGUAUGGGGUUUUGGGGGUUAUGGUCGUCUCGGUCUGGGAUCGCAGCAGGAUCAGCUCGUCCCGACGCUGGUACCGCAGUUUGCGCGCGAGAAUGUCGUCAUGCGCGCAAAGGCCAUCUACGCCGGUCCAACCAACUCGGCUGUGGUGGAUGGUCAGAGCAUGUUUUGGCUCGCGGGUAAAUGGAAGACGUCCGGUGACGGAUCGGCGGGACAAGGAUUUAUGACGUUCAAGUACCUUCCAGAUUUGAUGGGUGUCAAGGUGACCAAUGCAGGUCUCGGUGGAGUCACGCUCCUCUGCACCGCUAUCGAAGAGGCUUCCCUCGCCGGUGACCACGGUGCGACCAUGAACAUCUGCUGGGGUCAGAAUGCCAACUGUGGCGAGCUAGGACUGGGUGAAGGCAAACCGCGUUCGGCAACCAAACCGCUCCGGUGCGAGACGCUCGACGGCAUCGCCGUCAUCGACAUUGCCGCCGCCCAAAACACCACCUUCUACCUUGCGAGGAACAUGGGCGAGCGAUACGGCGAGCUUCCAAGGUGGCCCGAAGUGGUGCAGAGCCAAGAGGUGUGCAUGGUGUGCGGCAAAGAGGAAGGCGAGGGCGGGGAGGAGAAUGCUCUUUUGGAAUGCGAGAAAUGCGAGAACCCAUGGCAUCUCCACUGCUUGCAGCCAAAGCUGACCGAUAUCCCCGAAGGCGAAUGGCACUGCCCCAACUGUCAACCGCCGGCGUCCAGAAAGGGGGCCAACGGCAACGGCAGUACCAAGAGAGGCGUCGACGACGACCAGGAAGAGGCAGCAUCACAGACCAAAAAGCGAAGGGCUUAG